AAAGGGUCUGUACCACUUGUAGGUUCGUCUUCUAUACUACUGGCUUUGAUUUUUCACCUUCGUAGUCUCUAAACAAAAGUACUGGGAGCUACUGGGAUACGCACGUCUUUAAAGAGAGCUUCGUCACAGUAUUUUGGCAACGUACAAGAAUACCGUCAAAGUGAAGGAAACCUGAAAAUAGUGGUUUACUAAGAUAGAAAAACACCAAACAAAUUACAGUAAACCAUAAAGGAACAAGGAUGGUCAAAGUUAGAGAAGUUUAACACGGUUUACAAAUGACGAAAUUGAAAACCUUAGCUAAACUUUUGAAGAUGCGCCAGACGUGAUGUAACUCCUUUAACUUGGGUUUGUCCGCCAUAUUGCUCGGUCAGUUAACACCGGGAUCAGUGAUAACCGGGAUUUAAGUUCAGUAACACUCGACUCUAAAACUGAUCAAUUGUUCAGCUAAGGUACUGCAUUGCCAAGACGAUAUAAGUGAUGAGUUUUGAGUGACGUAGCUGUUCUUAUAGAAAGAAUGUUGCCACUUUUUAAGUUUCUUUGAUACAACUGUAUUUCGCGAUAUUCUUAGCGGCUGAGAAGUUUUAAUACUGGCGCAAAAUUCCAGCUGUUCAGCUUGCCAGAAAAAGUUGCCUUAUUUGGUGUUGAUUGGCGCGACAGACCCAAUUGCGUUAAUUGCAGCCCGACCACUGAUGUUUCCAGAUGAUUUUCGAUGACAUCAUGCUAUUGAAGGGAGCUAAAUGUCAUGAUAAGAGAGAGGGAGAGAGAGAGCUACACUGAACAUAUCAGCUGGAAACCAAGCUACAAAUUGAGCAGCACGAGUAAAAGCGAAGUCAUUCCUUGGGACUUUGGUAACCUAUCGUUUGUUUGUUUGUUUUUUUUUUACUCUAUAUGCACAAGUCUCUACAGACCUUGCAGCAAUGCUGACUGAAAGCAAGAGAGCAGUUGAACCGCAGAGCAAUUCAUUCUCGGAAAGUUUUGACAUCAAAUCCUUUCUUGGACGAGGUUCUUUUGCCAGUGUAUGUAAAUGUACAGAAAAGACAAGCGGAAAAGAGUUCGCAGCAAAAAUUGUACGAUUUACGAAAGGCAGUCAGGCUGACCUGAAAAAGGUGGCAACCGAAGCAGAGAUUUGGAGAACAGUUCAACACAAGAACAUAGUAUCCUUGUACAAAACAUUUGUUCAAGAAAACGAGAUUUACAUUGUAAUGGAGCUAAUACAAGGAACGACCUUGUUUGAUGAAAUUGCUGGCCAAACCACAUUCAGUGAAACACAAGCGUGCUGUGUUAUUUAUCAGAUUCUUGAAGCACUUGAUUAUCUUCACCGAAAGAGCCGGAUAAUUCACCGAGAUAUUAAAGCAGACAACAUUCUCCUGAAACAAGACAGCGUCCAUCAAAAUCACUUUCACGCCAAAAUCACCGACUUCGGACUCGCACGUCGCCUUCCGCGAGAUUCUGACGUCAUCAAGUGUGACGCAGAAGGCGCACCAUUGUACCUCGCACCUGAAACAAUUCUGGCCGAUCCUAUUGGUCCAGCGGUUGACAUCUGGGCAUGCGGAGUAAUUCUAUUCUUGUUACUUGUAGGUUAUCCACCAUUCUGGCAAAAUGAUGACAGAAAAUUGAUGUUACUGAUUGUUGAAGGAUGCUACAAUGUGUCAGCGCGGUACUGGGACCAAGUGUCAGAUGACGCCACAGAUCUUGUUAAACGAAUGCUUGUGGUACAUCCUCACAAGCGGGUAACAGCUUUUAAAGCUCUGAAUCAUCCGUGGAUAGCAGACUUUGAAGGGAAUGAAGAAGAGAGAAUAAGACAUUAUAUCGGAAAUUUUAGUUCAAGAUAGCACACAGUAUUAUAACUGUUAAAAUCGUAGUGUAUCAAGAAGGAACCCACCAGAAGUUUCGAGUAACAAGUGGACAAAAACUCUGUAUCGAAAUGAUUUACGUCAUAUUGCAAAAUUCUGUGCGACCGUUUUAAAUAUGUUCUCAAAAAAAUCCUUUCCAACAACACCAAAUGUCGAAAGCAAAUUUUGAAGUUCAUAUGAAACACUUAAAAGUAAUG